GUGGCGCCUGUUGUCCUGUCGGAAGCCGGUCGUGCAGAUCAUAAAAAGGAAGGCGCGGCUAUCCUAUUGGGGGACAGGGCUGCUUUCCUUUUCAGGACGAUAUAAAUCACAGGCUACGCUCCUCGACUGGUAGGCGCAAGUUACAUAAUUAACUGUCCUCUAACCAACUGCGACAGUCCGGGAAGACCUCUGCACACCAGUCAUGUACCUGUUCCUCCUGGGGCUGGUGGUUUUCUACUACCUGUACCGCUGGGUCAGGGAGCUACCCAGGGUCCCUGACAAGAGUAGCAAGUAUGUGUACAUCACAGGCUGCGACAGUGGCUUUGGCAACCUCCUGGCCCGCCAUCUGGACAAGCAGGGGUUCAGAGUGAUCGCCUCGUGUUUCACAGAGAAGGGAGAAGAGGAUCUGAAGAAGUCCUGCUCCAGCAACCUGAUCACAACACACCUAGAUGUUAGGUCUAAGGACAGUGUUGCAAAAGUUGCGGCGAUGAUUAAGGACAAAGUCGGGGAGUGUGGUCUGUGGGCUGUGGUGAACAAUGCAGGUGUAUCCAUUCCCACUGCCCCGUGUGACUGGCUGACCAUUGAUGACUACAAGCUCAUGCUGGACGUGAACCUGAACGGCGUGAUCGCAGUGACUCUGAGCGUCCUGCCGCUAAUUAAGAAGGCCAGGGGACGGGUGGUCAAUGUAGCCAGUGUGUUUGGGAGGAUCAGUGCGACGGGAGGCCCCUACACUGUCUCUAAGCAUGGUGUAGAGGCUUUCAAUGACAGCCUCAGGAAAAAUAUGCAUCCAUUCGGUGUCAAAGUCCUCUGCAUCGAGCCAGGCUUCUUCAAAACAAACACGAUUGACGUUGGUAUCCUGUCCAAAAGUGUCAAGAUGUUGUGGGACAGACUGCCCCAGGAGGACAAAGAUGACUAUGGAGCUGAAUAUGUGCAGAAGGCAUUAGCGAUGAUAUCAGACAAAGUUCCCAAUGCCUGUGAUGGAGAUCUGAUGAAGGUGGUCAGCUGUAUGGAGCACGCUGUAUCCGCUGUCCGGCCCCGCACCCGCUACUCUCCCGGGUGGGACGCCAAACUUUUCUGGCUGCCGCUGUCAUACAUGCCAACCUGUAGCGAGUUCCUCGAUGAGGCCGACCAUGUGGAAGGCUUGUUCGGGCAGAGCAUCAUACUCACCUAGAGGGAAACAGGUGGCGCCUGUUGUCCUGUCGGAAGCCGGUCGUGCAGAUCAUAAAAAGGAAGGCGCGGCUAUCCUAUUGGGGGACAGGGCUGCUUUCCUUUUCAGGACGAUAUAAAUCACAGGCUACGCUCCUCGACUGGUAGG